AGAGGGCGGGGCCUAGCCGCGGUCCUCCGCGGCGGUCCCCGCCCCCACCCCCCACCCCGCGAAGGACGCGGACACGCGGCGGCUGCGGCCCCCCGAGCGGCGCGUCGGGGCAGGUGUCUGGCCCCGCUCCUGGGCGGACUUCCUUCCUCAGCAGCCUUCAAGUGUGGACCCAGGGCCGGGCCUCGCGCACAGCCAAGCCGGCUGGAAGCCGCUCCUGUGCCCUGCCGUCCCGGCCAGGGUCCGCAGCCUCGUGGUCCGCCAUUCAUUGCCUGCUCUGCCCAGCUCAGAACGAGUAGUGGGCAUGGAGGGGCCUCCUGCCGGCCUGUCUGCUGUGCUCCUCUAGGGAGGCCUUACCCAGCCAACAAGUUGCAGAGAUGGAGGGCUGGGCUGGCUCAGAACUCACCCAGGGGCCUGGUCUGGGGUCUCCCUGGAGGCUCCAGGUAACAAACAGCCCCUCCCCUUCUGGGUGCUGGUAUCCAGGGAAACGGUACACAGCCCUUUCCUCCCAGGCCUGCUUGGAGCUCUGGCCUCAGGUGAGUGCUGGGGAUGGGGUCCUGAGCUGGGGAGACGAGAGAGAAAGAGAAGGACACCGCAUCACAGGCAAAGGUCAGGAACACACAGGUGUGGACACCCAUUUGGGGGGCUCCUCAGCCACGCUCCGUGAGCGCUGUUGCCGCUGGCCGGCUCCAACCUGUGUGGCCACACAAGCACACUUGCCCCCCCCACUCCUCCCAGCUCCCGAACAUCACGAAUGGCCCCUAAGUCUGGCCCCGGGGCUGAAGAAGCCGAGGAGGAAGCUCUCUCGUGCCCCGCAGACCGAGAGUCGGUCAGUGGUCACCUGGGACCUCCAGCGGGCACACCUGCAGCCUCUGCGACUCCCACAAGCCUGCCGGACCCCACGCCCCACUCCUCCCGGGUGGCCUGCUCUGCCGACCCGCAGUUGGCUCCUGAGUCCCUGGAUCCUCGCACGCUGCGGCUGCUGUGGGGACAGCGAGAACUAGAGAUCCAGGCCUUGCGGUGGGAGGUCCAGAGCGGCCGGGACACCCGGCUCUGCCGCAUCCUGCAGGAGGUUGCGGGGCUUCCGCCCAAGAGGAGCUCCCACAGUCAGGAGAAGCUCCUGCAGAGCCGAGUCCAGAAGCUGACCCUGCAGCUGAAGGAACAGAAAGAGCGAGCCCAGUGGGCCCUCCUAGAGCAGGAGAAGGAGUACCUGGAGGAGCGGCUGCUGGAGACCACCCGCAGGCUCCAGGAAGUGGAGGCCGAGCUGCAGAACUUCCAGAAGUCCUGCCUCCUGCAGCUAGCCCGCUCCUCGUGGGUGGGUCGCAUGCUGCGAUCCCAGACUGGCAGUGUGGAGGUGGUGACGGCAGGGACUCUGAUGGACCCAAGUGACCUCUCUGAGGACAUUCAGGCCCCCACUGGGGAGGGCUUUCGGCUGGAGGACGUGGACUGGAACAGCAUUGCCCACCGGUACCCCAACCUCUUCACCAACAUGGAGCUUGACUCACAGCAAAAGCAGCCCUGGCCCUGGCCACAGCUGGACGCAGGGAGCCCGAGGUCCCCUGGAAAGCACUCCGAGGGGCAUCACAAGACCGUGAACUGGGGCUCCCUGCCCUGUCUGGGCACCAGCAGCUCAGGGGGCGCUGACUCCGACUCCAGCAGCUGCCAGCCGGGCCUGACUGACCACCUGCUGAAGGCAUCAGGGCACUCGCCCCAGGGCUGGGGUGCUUCCUCCCAUCAGGCACUGGUGCAGGCCCGGAGCUCCGGAAGAGGAUCAGAAGAUUUCCAGAAAACCCGAUCAACCAGGCACCCUAAGCCGGUCCCGGCGCCAGAGCUCUGCACAGACCCUGACUACCCGGGCCCCGAACACCAGCAGAGCCCGACGCGCAGCUGCCUGAAGAUCGUGGCCGUGAGCGUCCGGAAGAAGCUCGUCCGCAUCCUCAAUCAGUCGCAGCAGGAGACCGCCGACCUGGGCGGCGCGGUGCUGAAGCAGCUGGUGCGCGGCCGCCCCGAGCGCCUGUACCGCUUCCCGCCGGCCACGCUGCUGGCCCCGCUCCACCACGUCACGGUCUGGGGCGAGGGACCCCGCAACGCCAAGAAGCCGCCGCGCGCGUCCUCGGGCCGGGAGCCCGACCCCUCCCACUCCGGCCGCGACUGCGUGACGCUGCUCCUGGACCCCAAGGGCGAGGUCCUCAGCGAGCACCGGAUCCCCCACUGCGCGACUCCGGCCCCGACGGUCUUCGUCGACGGCACCGACUUGUCCAUCGACAGCUUCCCGCUCCCGGAGGCGGGGCCCGGCGCCGACCCCUGCGGGCCGCCUGGAACCCUGCGCAGAGGCAGCGUGCUGCGGGAGCCCCGGGUCGGUCGCCGGAGGCCACGGACGCGGGCCCUACAGCCGUCGAGCGCGAGCUCGGGGAAGCGCUUCCACCCGCGGGAGCCGCCCGCUCAGCACCUGCCCCCAAUCCCCGGGGAGCGCGCGCCGGAGGGAGAGCGCGGCCCGCCUGACCCCACCCCUCCUCCCGCAGACAAGGAGCGCCGAGUUCGGGUGUGCCGGAAGAGCGUGGAGCGCAGCUGCCCCAUGGUGGCCCUGUCGGUGCCGAGCACGGCCGAGAGCAGAUACGGCUUCCGCUUCCUCAGCUUCCUGCCGUUCACCGCGGACGCCUGCCGCCGCGCCUAGGGGCCGGGACCGCAGGGACGGCGGGCGGGACGGGCGCGGGGACCAGGCAGACGGGGUCCGCUGCGUCAUUUAAUGAACCAACGUUGCCUACAAAGUAAACCGCAUUUCUGUACA